AUGGAAAUACGACAGUCUUCACGGGCACGUAUGGAAGACUCAACCCAUUUACAGUACACCUCUGGUGUGGAGGCCCUACUGUCGCCGCAUACGACGUUACAAAGCAGUCCGCAGGUUACCCAAACUUCGGACGAUAUCGCUAAUAUAGGUAUUGAUCCCGAAGAGGAUUCAGGCGCUGACCCAAAUGUAUUUUUGGGGGAGGAUGAACAAGCUUUUGAACAAACUGCUCCGGAACAGGAUCUGGAGCUGGGACCUUAUGCCAGUAACGUGAUUCCUGACGUUAAGGAUUAUUACAGAACGCUGCUGAAUACGAACAAUUGGUCGAUAGAAGAUCUUGCUGUGAAACCUGGGGACCGGGGGUUUACUAUUUGGUUUGCUAUGAGUUCGUAUUUUCCAUUGAUUGCGGGGUGCAUUGGACCUGUCGGCAAUCUGAUGUCGUUGUGUGCUAUCAUCUGCAAAUGGAGAGUUGAAAGGGAGACUGAUAAGCAAGUCACAGAUCUCGGGUGGAUGAUGAAGGUGAAUGGGAUAUCGGUGAUGUUUGGGUUAAUCUCGAACAUUUCGCUUUUGCUGAACUUCCGCAAGUCGCUGAGAUACACCGUUUCACAGGUUGUUUCCAUUAGUGGCUGGUUCAUUGCAGGUUGCUUGUUGCUGGCAUUGGUUAUUUCGGCCAAAUUCACCUAUUUCUACUCAGGAUCACCAUAUUUUCCCAGUGAGGGCUAUUGGUUUGCGGUUAUAACAGUGGUGCUCUACUUUAGCUGCUUCACCAUUUUGCUACUCAAUGAGGUGGGCUUUAUGCUCAAGAAGUACCCCCCACUUUUCAAUAUUGAUGGUGUCCAGAAAAGUCUCAUGACCCAAUCAAUUGCCCUGUGUAUCUGGUUGUUUUGGGGGGCUGCUGUUUUUGCCAAAUUGCUAGAUAUCAGCUUUGCGGAGGGAAUCUACUUUGGAGUGGUGACGAUUUUGACCAUUGGACUCGGGGAUUUCAUCCCAAAAACAGGAGUAGGAAUGUUUGUUGUGUUACUGUGGGUGACUUUCGGCUUGGUCUCGUUUGGUCUCGUAAUCUCUACCAUCAGAGAACUGGUCAUCUUCUCCGGGAGUUCGACUUCCCAUUGGCAUAAGGUCGAGUCUGCACGCCGCAAAAAUUUCAAAAGCAUCACUGCUCCGCUCACUUCCAGAGAGUCUUUUGAGGUCAUGAGAAAAGUUACAAGGCUUGGUUCAGCCGAGGAGAAAGCGACCAGCCUUCUAGCAAUUGUCUCCCUAUGGGCCACCUUCUGGCUUAUGGGUGCUUUAGUUUUUCACUAUGUGGAGUCCUGGGAUUACGGAGUCUCGUGUUAUUUCUGUUUUCUAUGUCUCGUUACUAUUGGCUAUGGAACCCCAUCUCCAAUUACCCAUGGUGGGAGAGCUUUUUUUGUGGUAUGGGGGUUGUGCGCUGUUCCGCUCAUGACUAUCCUUGUAUCGAACCUGGGCGACAUCUUGUUUGCUUCGCUACAAGAUGCCAACAAUAUUAAGGUGAUUGACCGUUCCCUGAACUGGAUAAACAGGUCUUGGCUUUCAAAAUGGGUACUUGUCCGUUGGACCAAUCGACUACUCAAGAAGGCUGAGCCGGGUGUUGACAUGACGUCUAAAUUGGAGACCGCCUCUUCGUUUAAUAGUGAUGUUUUGCCGCCGUUUGUGCAUGGGCAUCUGGCUAGUCAUACUCAUAUUAGAGAAGGCAUUUGUGAUGAUCCGUCGCUUGAAAAGCUUCUCAAGAUUCAGGAAAUUUUGUUCCAUUUGAAGAGGUCGGUGACUACUUUGCGGAAGGAGCCUCUUAAGAAGUACACCUUUGAUGAGUGGAACCAGAUGAUGAAUUUGGUUGGUAGGGCCACAAAAGCCAAUCAGCCAUUAUUCUGGAUUUCCGACGAUUCUCCUUUCAGAUUUCCUUUCGACGAACCGCAGUACUUUACCUUUUACUACAUUCAUACGCUCGAGGUGCAGCUGGCGUCGCUAGCUAGUGAACUUGAUCGGAGUCACAUGAAGCGACACAGGGAGUGA